GGUGCCUGUACGUUGGUAAACGGCCAUCGCCAGUAUAUGUACAUGUACAGUGCACUCAACACAUGCACGGCACACGUAUACGCGUUGAAUAUAAAUGAAUUGCAUUCAAGCGCGCGAAACAACCCAGUGUCCUUGAAAUUGAAAACAUGAAAUUCCUCGGAAUAGUCCCAAAAUCUCGUCGAUUCAGCUUCAGCUCAUAGGAACAGCUAGUCAAAUAUAUGGACCGUCGAUGGAGUGAAACGGAAAUACCAUUGUGAACUGUUGUCCGAAGGAAUUAUACCAUUUAUCAUGGCUGGUUCGUCAUCCACUAUGUCGAAAGUGAAGGUUGCCGUGCGAGUCCGUCCCGUCAACCGACGAGAAAUAGACUUGGGAACAAAAUGUUGCGUGGAUAUGGAUGAACAACAGACAAUUUUGCUGCCGAUAUCUUCAAAGGCAUCAGACAGGAAAUCACCAAAGACCUUUGCCUUCGACCAUUGUUUCCUCUCCAUGGAUGAGAAGAAUCCCAAAUUUGCAGGUCAAGAGAAAGUUUUCAAGUGCCUUGGGCUUGACAUUCUAGACAACGCCUUCGAGGGAUACAAUGCAUGCAUCUUUGCUUAUGGCCAAACAGGCUCUGGGAAGUCUUACACAAUGAUGGGGACGGAGGACAAUAAGGGAAUCAUACCGCGGCUGUGUGACACACUCUUUGAGAGGAUAGCCCAGAAUGAGGACGACACAUCCCUUUCUUUCAAAGUGGAAGUGUCCUACAUGGAGAUUUAUAAUGAGAAAGUCAGGGACCUUUUAGAUCCAAGGGGGAAGCAAAACUUAAGAGUAAGGGAGCACAAGAUCUAUGGACCGUAUGUAGAUGGUUUGUCAACUUUAGCUGUUUCUUCAUUUGAAAAUAUAGAUGCCUUGAUGUCAGAGGGAAACAAAUCCCGGACGGUAGCUGCAACCAAUAUGAACUCGGAGAGCAGUCGGUCACAUGCAGUCUUCAAUAUCACGGUGACGCAAACCCUGACGGACAUAGAGACAGACGAAAGUGGAAUAGCCAUUAGCAUGGUGUCUGGUGAGAAAGUCAGCAAGAUCAGUCUGGUUGAUCUCGCAGGCAGUGAGCGUGUCCAGAAGACGGGAUCCACAGGGGACCGGCUCCGGGAGGGGGGCAAUAUCAACAAGUCACUCACGACGCUAGGUCUUGUAAUAUCAGCUCUAGCCGACCAGUCGGUGCCCAGCAAGGGGAAGAAGAAGAACACAUUUGUGCCUUAUCGGGACUCUGUGCUCACAUGGUUACUCAAGGAGUGUUUAGGAGGCAAUAGUAAAACAGUCAUGGUUGCUACAAUCAGCCCCGCCAGUGAUAACUAUGAAGAGACGUUAUCCACACUACGGUAUGCAGACAGGGCCAAGAGAAUUGUCAACCACGCCGUGAUCAAUGAAGAUCCCAAUGCUAGAAUUAUCCGUGAACUUAGGGAAGAAGUAGACUCCCUUAAAAAGCAGCUGAAAGAGGCAGUGAGUAUGAAGGCUGACACAUUGAAAGAGAGACUUCACGAGUCAGAGAAACUGAUGAAAGAAAUGACACUCAGCUGGGAGGAGAAACUGCUCAAGACAGAGCAAGUCCACAAGGAGAGGCAACAGACUCUAGAAAGAAUGGGAAUCUCCGUCCAGACAUCUGGUAUCAAAGUGGAACGCAACAGGUGUUUCUUGGUCAACCUGAAUGCCGAUCCAUCCCUGAAUGAGCUACUGGUCUACUACCUUAAGGAGCACACAUUGGUGGGCAGAGUGGACUCUGACAAGGAGCAGGACAUCCAGCUGAACGGCCUGGGCAUCAUGUCUCAGCACUGCAUCAUUGAUGUGGAGAAUGAGAUGGAUGUGUACUUAAUACCCAUGGAAGGAGCCAAAUGCUGUGUAAAUGGUUCAACAAUAACUGACCGGACAGCUCUGAGGCACGGUGACAGGAUUCUCCUAGGCAACUACCACUUCUUCCGAAUCAACUGCCCCAGGCCGCCUGGAGUUGGAUCCAGCGGUGCUUCCACUCCAGAUGCCGAGCCGCAGAAUUCCAACUAUGACUUCGUCUACGCCCAGAAUGAGGUCAUGAUGAAAGAAAUGACCAAUGAUCCUGUCCAAGCGGCCAUGCAGCUCCUGGAGUCCCAGCACCAGAAGGACAAGAAGGGGGCCCUGGAGAAGCAGCGGGAGAAGUACGAGCGGGAGCUGGAGUCACUGCGCAAGCAGCUGAUGCCGCAGCGGAGGGGGACAGCGGCUGGUGCCGGCGGCGGGGAGCGGACCGAUACGGCCUACUACUCGGACCAGAGCCCCGGCAGCGAGGCUAGCAGCGGGGAUGGGGGACCGAACCUCAAGUACAAGGAGUGGGCGGAGGAAAGGGACGAACUAUUCCGUCAGAGUCUGGCCAGGCUACGGGAGGAGGUGGUCAAGGCCAACGCCCUGGUCCGAGAGGCCAACUUUCUCGGGGAGGAGAUGGGCAAACUGACGGAGUUCAGAGUCACGUUGCAGAUACCAGCCUGCAACCUCACCCCAAACAGAAAGCGAGGAGCCAUUGUCAGCGAGCCAGCCAUCCAGGUCAAGCGGAAGGACCGAGGCACCCAGAUUUGGUCAGUGGAGAAGCUGGAGAAUAAGAUCAUUGACAUGCGGGAGAUGUACAACGAGAGGAAAGAAAAAGGUCUACCGUUGAAAGAUGUGGGACCGAUGCGGCCUCGCAAGCUCUCCUUUCUUGAGUCUCAGGAUUUCCUAGCUGGGAUUCUGUCUCUGCAGGAUUAUUUCUUGCCUAAAACUCGCCAUCCCCCUGGAAUUCCACCGGCCAAUAAGUCCAAGAAGGAAGCAGAGGACCCAAUCUGUGAGGAUCCAUUUUACGAGUCACAAGAGAACCACAGCCUGAUUGGUGUGGCUAACAUCUUCCUCGAGGUUCUUUUCCACGAUGUGAGACUGGACUAUGCUGUGCCCAUCAUCAGUCAACAGGGAGAGGUGGCUGGCAAGCUCCACAUUGAGAUCCAGCGAAUCAGCGGCUCCAUCCCAGCCACUGAUCACUCCGUGGAUAGCCAAUCGGAGAGCAGCAAUGAGAGUUCCAGCGGCUACGAGGGGUUGGAAGACCACGAGCCGGAAGGGGGACUGGCUGUUGGGGCCCCACUCAUGUGUAGGAUUAAGAUUAAGGAGGCAACUGAUCUGCCACCGAGCCUGGCCCAUUUUGUCUUCUGUCAGUACACCUUUUGGGGCGUGGAUGGCCCUACCGUGGUGCCACCUCUCAUCAAUCCUGACCUAGAAGAAUUACCAGGGCGACCAAAGGACGGCAGCAAAGGGAGCAUGAGGUUCAGUCACAGCAAGGAGUUUACCGUCAAUGUGUCCGAGGACUUCAUUGAGCAUGCGCUGGAGGGCUCCCUUGCCAUCGAGGUCUGGGGACAUCGCAGUAGUGGGUUCAACACAUCCUCCAAACCAGGCUGGGAGAUUGACAAUCUCAGUGCCAAGUCAAGGUCACUAGCAGACAGGUGGGGCGAAUUGAUCCGAAAGAUUGAGAUGUCCUGCGAGAUCCACGAGCUGAACGAACAAGGUGACUACGUUCCUGUGGAGUGUCUGCACAAAGCGGAGGUCUUAACGGGAGGAAUCUUCCAGCUUAGACAGGGGCACUCAAGGCGAAUCCUAAUACGGGUAAAACCUGUCCAAAAUUCAGGCACCUUGCCCAUUAUUUGCGAAGCAAUCACUUCAGUCACUGUCGGCAGCAUCUGUGCACGGUCAAAACUCCAGAAAGGAUUGGACAGCUACCAGGACGACGAUCUGAACCGGUUGCGGACGCGAUGGUCUAAUGCGCUGAAGCGGCGGCACGAGUACCUUGAUGACCAGAUCAAGCGGAUUAUGGACAAGCAGGGUAAGACACAGAAGGACUAUGAAAGGGAGGCCAGCCUGAUCAACCAAUGGGUGUCUCUGACAGAAGAGAGGAAUGCAGUCUUGGUGCCGGCACCGGGGAGUGGAAUACCGGGUGCGCCUGCCAACUGGAAGCCGCCGGUCGGCAUGGAGACCCAUAUACCAGUUUUGUUCUUGGAUCUCCAAGCGGAUGACAUGGGCACAUCCGGCGGACUGGAAGGCAUGAAUGCAGCUGGCUACAACUCCAUCUUACCCAAAGAACACGGGAAUAAAAUGUUCAACCUUCCUAUCGUCAAGUACUGUGAAAAAGAUGUAUGUGCCGUUGCAUCCUGGGAUUCUUCCAUCCAUGACUCGCCUCACCUCAACCGUGUGACAAGCCCCAAUGAGCGGAUCUACCUGAUUGUCAAGGCAGUGGUGCAGCUCAGCCACCCGGCAACAAUGGAGCUGGUGCUCCGAAAACGCAUCUGCGUUAACAUCUACAAGAAGCAGGGUAUCACCUCCACCAUCAAGAAGAAGAUGGGCAGGAUGGAUUCAGUCCAGUCCUGUGGUGUAACUUACGAAAUUGUCUCAAACAUUCCAAAGGCAUCAGAGGACCCGGAGGACAGGGAAUCACUGGCCCUGAUGGCCGGUUCCGGGACAGAGGAGAAUACGACGUCCUCGGACGGCGAGACGUACAUUGAGAAGUACACGCGGGGCGUGUCAGCAGUGGAAAGCAUCCUGGCACUUGACAGGCUCAGACAGGAGGUGGUAAUCAAGGAGAAGCUGGCAUCCAGGGGCAGGAAUCUUAGGAAGACAGCCAGCGUGCCCAAUAUACCAGGUGCAAUGUCCCGUUCCAUUGACACCAGUAGAUCCAUGGAUGCGCUUGAUGAUGAUUUUAGGUUGAUCCGUUCGGAGAGUCUACGUAACCUCAGCCCCAACCCUUCCCCCGGCUCCUUGGGCGGUCCGAUCCCCUACUUGGCAGCGAAGCCUGCUCGGCCCCGUUCCCUCCUCCUGACGGACCAGAACACCUACAUCAUCUCUGGCUCCGCCUACCAGCCGGACGUCUACGGGGUGUACCCCUAUGGUAGUAGCCCUUACAGCAGUAGCCCACAGCAUCACCAGUUUGUCAGCAUGAGUCCCACGCACAGCCCCGGGUUGUCGCCCCACGUCUACCUCAGCAGUCCUGUGGGGCUGCGACCUGUGACCUAUUCCAAAGGGGUCAAAUCCCUGCGACCUGUUCGUGAAGAGCAGAGCAGAGAGCUUGACGCUGCCAGUAAACGCAAGCCGGACCUAGUUGAUAGUCUUUGUUACCAUGGCAACUCCACCCAGCUUCACUCCAAGUCUUCCUCUCAGCAGCAGCCCCACCAGCAUCAUUCCCUGCCUCUUCUCCUCCCAAGCGAUCAUCGGGACAUGGCCGAGGUUGGAGAUGCCAUCUUCAGGAUGUCCUUCGAGGACUCCUCUGAGAUCUCCAAUCCAAGGACUUUCACCAUUGGUGAUGAGCCAGUGAGAGUCAGCAGGCAGGAUUCAAGGAACAGUGAUGGAUCAUCAAGUAGAUUGAGGUUGGAUGGGUCUUCUAGAGAACAAACUAAAAGCUAUCAGACAUCCACCCCGCAAAAGAUGUUUAAGAGGAGUGACAUCUUUUCACCAAGGGCAGAUGAUCCUUUAGAUUUCCUCAUUGACUUUGGUAAAGCUGUUGAUUCUUCAUCCCAAGAUUUGGAAGUGAUUGUUGCAGAAACUACAAAAGACAGUGAAUCCUUAUCAGCCUUGAAAUCUAAACAAGCUGAUUCCCAGUCUGAGGCUUUGCCUGUUUUUGAUCCUUUAGGAGUAGUACGUCUUGAUUCCCUUGAAGACCAUCCAACCUUAUGCAGGAAAAUCUCGUCAUCAUCAGUAUCAGGAGAUCCACUGUCAUCUACUUGCUCUGCCAAAUCGAGCAUACAAGGGCAUCAGUCUCUCCAAGAUUCUGAAGAUAAUUCUAAGAAUCAGAAGGAAGACUCAGUAUUUAUCAACCUUAAUGUUGGAGGCUCUGCUGAACCAGAGCUUCACAGUAGACCUCCAGAUGGCUCUGCCGCCAACUUCGACAAGGCAGUACCACUUCUGCAACCAACUCCAGCCUACUCACGUGCUAUUUUUCAGCCAUACCGCACUGAAGCCUCAGAAUGUUUACAAGGAGCCAAGUUGAAUUCAGAGAGUAAGUCUUUCAAGAGAACAGUUUCUGAAGACCUUGAAAUGUCCUUGUUCUCACCACAGGAGCAAGAGUUGCAUAAGUCUCUUCAUAGCUUGUUCCAACACGAUUUAGAGAAUUUUGAUAAUGAAUGGGCUGUAUUUGAGGAGCUUGAAGCACCAAGGAAAGAGAAUGGCUCUCCAAGCUCUUCAGAAAAAAACCCUAGAGUCUCUAACUUCACUGAGAACUCAUCAAAUUUGUGUGUGAAUGAAACUCCUAAAAACCAAGAUGGAAGUGCAGAGUAUCUUGAAUCUGAACCAAAUUCAGAGGAUGGCAUCUUGGCACAAAAAGUAGUUAAAAAGAAAUCUGGGAGAAAUGCUGCAAAUCAGGCCUUGGAAGUUUCAGUGACCCCCGAUGAAAUUUCAAGUAGCAUUCAAACAAAAAAUCAUACAUCUUCAAGACAACCGGGAGAUUCAGGCACCAAGUUUCAGCGUCACUUGUCCUCUCCAAAGGCCUGUUGGGUUCACCCCUUACUGUCACCAAGUGAUCAGAUGCUCUUAGAUAAAACAGACAUUCUUGCCAAAACUAGAGAAUCAGGUAGACUUGAGACACAAGUUGUGGAACCCAAGGACUUAAUAACAGGUAGUACUUUAGAUAGAAGUUCUGCCAGCCAGUCUUUGGCCUCAGGCCAAGUGAUAGAAGCUGUUAAAGUUCAGUUUGAGGUGAAACUUCAGGAGGUGACCAGCACCAAACCAAUUCCUAUCCACCACCAGUCAGUGCGGAAGCAGGAUUGCCCGGAGUCAGCUGCUCUCACAGCCCUUGACCGUCCACCGGAGCUCUUGCUCCAAGACACAGACAACAAUAACAUGAUGUUGUCAUGGGAUGGCCUUCAAUCAUCUCAAGAUACUCCUGCCGCCUCUCAGGAGCUGCUCCCGUCUCCUGACCCUGUCCGAGAGUCAUCCCAUUCCCAGGACGAGGACACCUUGUCUCAGCUCUCCUUGACGGACAGUGACUGCCUGACGGGAACAUCUGCCAGUGACCUGGAUGACACCUUCAGCUACGGAUCAUAUGACAGCCGCCAGGAAGGCUCCUACAAGAGCAUGGGUAAUGAGACACCCUCCUGGCUGAGCAUCGGUGGGCGAGUCGACGUCGGGGGGACGAGAAGCGGAGUGGUCAAGUUUGCCGGAAAUACAGCCUUCCGUCCUGGCAUUUGGAUUGGAGUGGCUUUGGACUCUGCUGUUGGUAAACACAAUGGCUGUGUCCAAGGUGUCCGCUAUUUCACCUGCCGACCCAAGCAUGGCAUCUUUGUCAGACCAGACCGCCUUUCCCCUUCUGUGGCCCAUAGUGCAUCCUCUCCGGCCAUCACAACAGUGGCCCCUGUUGACAGGACGCAGCCCCCGUCAAAGAGAAAAGUCAGCAUCGAAAAGAAGACCAACACCACCAAGGGCAGAGUGGGUGAGAGAGGGGCAGGAGAUGCUAGGCACCAAGGCAGCCGGAGAGCACCAAACGGGAACAAAGUGGUAAAAAGCUGAGGGGUGAAUCCCAAACCGGUUCUCACAAGAUCUAGCUGGUCUGAACUGGUUCUGUCCAGCUCUGAAGUUGCAAGCAUGCUUGUGAAAAUACAGUACCUGUAGUACUAUUUUCCUUAAUGGAUCAGAAACUGUCUAGAACCAUAUCAUAGAACCUGCUAGAACUGGUUGGAACUUGCCAGAACUAAACAGCAUUUCUCAGAAUGAUCUUAUGUCAUAUUUGGGCAACGCCUCCAGUUUAUCAGUAAGUCUCCAUCUGAGUAUAAUUCUGGUGGCAUUGCUCAAAUGAUAUUCAAAUACUCUCACAAGUGAAUUUGUUUCAUGUAGUUUUUCAUAUUUUCAAACUGCAGAAUAAUGUUCAAAGAGGGAGGGGUCCAAUGAUACCAUCAAGCAUCAGCAAUUAAUAAGCCGAUCAUUAAGCCCCAUCCCAUUACAGGAUCUGCCAAAAAUGGGGGCCAAGUCCCCCAGUCGAAAAAGUAGGGAGGGGGGUACUGGCCACCUGACCUCCACUUCCACCGCCACUACUUUCAAAUCUGUCUGCUGCCAGUAAUAACUUAUUUUUUAAAAAAGGUGAUUCUGUUUGGCUUAUAAAGGAUAAUUGUAAAGCCAUAUACAGUAUAUUUGUACAUACACUUAAAUGAGAAGCAUUUUCAUGGACUGUUUAAGAUUAACGCUUUUAAAAUUUGACUUUGCUAUCAUAAAGCAAAAUUUUUGUUGCAGCCCUUUCUUUCACUGCUUUAGAUACACUUCAGUUUUUCCUUUCCUCAAUGUGACAUACAAAAGUGUGGUCCUUUAAAGAUCCACCCACACAGUUGUUGGCAAUAUUCAACAGCAUCACUGCAAUCAAGUCUGACUUGUACUGUGUGCAUUUCUCUGCUACCUGUAUUCCAAAGUGGUAAAGAUCAAUACGCAAGGAGAGGCCAAAAUUGAAAAGCCAGUUGUCCCGAUUUUAAUGCAAUGAAAAAAGGGGGGAAAGGUCACAGUCACCAAUCUCUUGCAGCUGUUUGGCACAGAAGAAUGCUAACCACAGAUAAUACAGUCAAACCUUGUCAAUAAGAGCACUGUUAGUACAUCUUGCUUAACCCUAACACUCCUCAAUCCUUCACCU